AUGCUGAUUGGUUCAUUGCUGUACGCUGAAUUUCCUAUUCUUCUCUUUUCAGCAACAUUCGUCACUACAGAGCCAGGUAAUGUUGGGUUGCUCUCAAGUAACUUACACAAAAAUUUUCAGACGAAAGUCUACUGGAAGAGGUACAUUUAUCUAUGGAUCAACUACGCAGUGUAUGAAGAACUGGACGCACACAACGACGAAAACGCUCGUGAAAUUUACAAAACAUGUCUCGAUUUGCUACCACACAAAAAGUUUACAUUCGCCAAGAUAUGGUUGCUAUUUGCUCAGUUCGAAAUUCGACAGAAAAAUUUGAACAUGGCGAGGAAAAUUCUGGGUACUGCAAUUGGAAAGUGCCCGAAAGACAAGUUGUUCAAGGGAUACAUCGAUCUUGAAUUGCAGCUGCGUGAAUUCGAUCGCUGCCGGAUUUUGUACGGCAAGUUUUUGGAUUUCGCGCCGGAAAACUGCGCUACCUGGAUUAAAUUCGCGGAGAUGGAGAGUCUUUUGGGCGACGUCGAACGGGCGAGAGGGAUUUAUGAGUUGGCUAUAGCUCAGCCGGCACUGGAUAUGCCCGAGGUGUUGUGGAAGUCAUACAUCGACUUUGAAACUACACAGGAAGAAUACGACAAGGCAAGGCGGCUUUAUCGCCUGUUGUUAGACCGCACAAAUCACGUUAAGGUUUGGAUCAGUUUGGCGAAAUUUGAGCAGUCUGUCAGCCCAGAGAAAGUGGACGUUACAAGAGCGGUUUACCGCAAAGCGAAUGAAGCUUUGCGAACGUGUGAAGAAAAGGAACAGCGUCUGAUGUUGCUGGAGGCUUGGAAGCAGUUCGAGGCAAUUACAAAUGGUGAUGCGGAAACGUUGAAAGAGGUUGAAGGCGAAUUGCCGAAGAGGGUUAAGAAAAGGAGACAAAUCUUUCAGGAAAAUGGAGUAGCCGGAUGGGAAGAAUACUACGAUUACAUAUUUCCAUCUGACGAAAGUAGUCAGUGGAGCUUGAAACUUUUAUCGGUCGCCAAGCAGUGGAAACAGAAACAGGCUCAGUCAUCGACUGAGGUGUGCAACAAUAAAAAUGAUUUGGAUGGCCGCAAUACGGAAAAUACCCAACCGAAGCAAAUUAAAGAAGAAAGUUCUGAAAAAGUGCGCGAAGGGGAUUCAGACACGGACAUUGAAAGUGACGAUGAAUGA